AUGUCCGAAGAAUCCACAAAUGGCGUCAGGACGCCCGUCACCCCCAAAAUGAGUGGUUUGGCUCUAACCGAGUACACCGCUGCUCCUACUCCCCCGUCAGAGCGGGCAGAGCGAUUCCCUGGAGUGCCUCCCGAUUGGGGUGUUCCUGACAGCUACCUCCUUCCCAAUGGAUACCCUGAUUACCUGCGACUCAUCUUAACUUCCCGCGUCUACGAUGUCAUUGAAGAGACCCCACUUCACCAUGCCGUCAAUCUCAGUAACAGACUGGAGAGCCGAGUGCUACUCAAGCGAGAGGAUCUCCUGCCAGUCUUCAGCUUCAAGCUGCGCGGUGCGUACAACAAGAUGGCUCACUUGAACCAUGAGCAGCGGUGGAAGGGUGUCAUUGCGUGCUCCGCGGGAAACCAUGCGCAAGGCGUAGCGUUCUCUGCCCGCAAGCUCAGAAUCCCCGCGACCAUCGUGAUGCCAUCUGGAACCCCUGCUAUCAAACACCUGAACGUUGCUCGUUUGGGAGGAAGUGUUGUACUGCAUGGAAAUGAUUUCGAUGCUGCGAAGGAGGAGGCCCACCGAUUGGAGAAGCAGCACGGCCUGACCAACAUCCCACCUUUCGACGACCCGUACGUCAUUGCUGGCCAGGGAACUAUUGGCAUGGAGCUGCUUCGUCAGGCGAACCUCGAUAAGUUGGAGGCGGUAUUCUGCGGUGUUGGCGGAGGCGGCCUGAUUGCCGGCAUUGGCGUUUAUCUGAAGCGCAUUGCACCACACGUCAAGGUCAUUGGCGUGGAAGCCUACGAUGCCAAUGCUAUGGCCCGGUCAUUGGAUGAGGACCAGCGGGUUUUCCUGAAGGAAGUUGGCCUCUUCGCUGACGGCGCGGCGGUGAAAUCUGUAGGCGAGGAGACCUUCCGUGUCGCUCGUGAAGUUAUCGAUGGAAUUGUUCAGGUCUCCACUGACGAGAUUUGUGCAGCUAUCAAGGACGCGUUCAUGGACACCCGCUCCGUUGUUGAGCCCGCUGGUGCUCUGUCGCUCGCCGGACUCAAGAAAUACGUCGCUAAUAACCCUAGCCCCGAUCCCAAUCGUGAGCUUGUCGCGAUCACUUCCGGUGCUAACAUGGAUUUUGACCGCCUUCGCUUCGUUGCUGAACGUGCUGCUCUUGGCGAGCGCAAGGAGGCCUUGUUGAGUGUGAAGAUCCCCGAGAAGCCCGGUACUUUUUCAAAACUUGUCGAGGUUGUCUUGCCCCAUGCAGUCACGGCUUUCAACUAUCGAUAUGCGCAGGAGGACGUGGCUGACGUGCUCAUGGGUAUCUCGCUGUCAGCUUCGACCGGCCGCGAAGACCUUGCAAAGAUCAUGGCGGAGUUGCAGCGGGGCGGCAUGGAGACUCGGGACUUAAGCGACGAUGAACUGGCUAAGCGCCAUGUACGCUUCCUCGUUGGCGGUCGUAGCAGCGUCAGCGACGAGCGCUUGUUCAUGUUCGAGUUCCCUGAACGACCCGGAGCUUUGGCCAAGUUCUUAACGACCUUGCGUCCUAAUCAGAACAUCUCCCUUUUCCACUACCGUAAUUACGGCGGUGAUGUUGGCAAAGUCCUUGCUGGAAUCCAAUGUCCUCCUGAAGAGAAGAACGACCUGGAGUCUUUCCUUGAGGACCUGGGCUACCCAUACUCCGAGCACACCGAUUCACCCACAUACCAGACUUUCCUUCGGUCUUGA